AUGAGAAAGUUGUAACGUUAACGAGUACAUCCGAAAAGUACUUUAUAUAUUCGCUGCUCACUCACUCUUGAUUUCCACUCCACUUCCACAGCCAUGGCCGAUUCAAUUACCACCAUUAAAGCUUGGACUUACUCCGAAUACGGCAACUCCGUUGAUGUUCUAAAAUUUGAUCCAAAUGUGGCUUUACCUGAUCUGAAAGAUGAUCAAGUUCUCAUCAAAGUCGCUGCUGCUUCUCUUAAUCCCAUUGAUUAUAAGAGAUUGAAUGGUGCCUUCAAAGCCUCCGACUCUCCUUUACCGACUGCUCCUGGGUACGAUGUAUCUGGAGUGGUGGUUAAGGUAGGCAGUGAAGUGAAGAAAUUUAAGGUUGGAGAUGAAGUUUAUGGUGAUAUCAAUGAGAAAGCUUUGGAACAUCCCAAGGUGAUUGGUUCUCUGGCAGAGUAUACUACUGCUGAAGAGAAAGUGUUGGCUCACAAGCCGGAAAAUUUGAGCUUUGCUGAAGCUGCUAGUCUUCCUUUAGCAAUUGAGACUGCUUAUGAAGGCCUUGAAAGAUCUGGCUUCUCUGCUGGUAAAUCUAUACUUGUUCUUGGUGGUGCUGGUGGAGUUGGAACCCAUGUCAUUCAGCUUGCCAAGCAUGUUUUUGGCGCUUCCAGAGUAGCAGCUACAUCAAGCACCAAGAAACUAGAGUUGUUAAGCAAGUUAGGAGCUGAUUUGCCAAUUGAUUAUACAAAGGAGAAUUUCGAAGACUUGACAGAGAAGUUUGAUGUGGUGUUUGAUACAGUAGGGGAAACUGAGAAGGCAUUCAAGGCUCAGAAAGAAGGUGGCAAAGUUGUGACAAUUGUACCACCAGGAAUUCCACCAGCAAUAGUGUUCAUACUCACUUCUACUGGAGCUAUCUUAGAGAAACUAAAACCUUACUUGGAGAGUGGAAAGGUGAAACCAGUGCUUGAUCCCAAGAGCCCAUUUCCAUUUUCUCAAGCUGUUGAAGCGUUUUCGUAUCUGGAAACUGGCAGAGCUACUGGAAAAGUAGUUAUCUAUCCCAUACCAUGAAGUUCUACAUAGAAUAAAACAACCGCCCAAUACAAUCUUUGGAAUUUGAAGUGUGUUUGUAUUUGUGAUUGAUCUUUUCUUUGAGUGUAUUAAUCAUCUGCUACUAGUGUGUUUGUAUUUGUCCUUGCUAAUUAAAUUGAUGUGAGAACUUGAAAAUGGAUUAGUCUUCCUUUGGAUUUGUAUUUGGUUUGGAUUGAAAAGCUACUACAUUUGGCUUAUGUAGUUUUGAAUAAUGGAAUAAUAAUGUGAUAACUAGUUUGCUUCACAGUUCA